AUGGAUGCUGAUCGGAUGAAUGAUGGUAUUGUUGAGUGUGUGGGUGCAGCUGAUGAACGGAUGAAUCAUUGUUCAGUAGAAUAUCCAUUAGAAAUUACUCGUCGAUUUCGACGCUGGAAUAGCUCAAAGUGUAUCGGGUUAGAAGAUGUAUGCGAUGGUAUUAAAGAUUGUCCAUUAAAUGAUGAUGAACAUUUGUCAUUGACUGCUUACACAAGUGUGAAGCAAUUGACAUCAUCGGUACCAGCACCUGUUGCAGUUCCAUUGAAUGCCAAGGAUUCACACUCUUGCAAUAAAGGAAUUGUAAUCAUGUCAGAUGGUAUGCGAGAAUGUCUUUGUUCGCCAUCAUUUUAUGGUACAUUUUGUGAAUAUCAAAACGCCAAUUAUUCGGUACGCGUUAUAGCAUUUUCUUGUACAACUGAACAUAUCAAUUUGAUGUCAUUAUGGUAUUUUCCUAUUCGUUUUCCGUUUUUGCCGGUCAAUCGUUUAUCCGUAAAAAUUAAUGUCGCCGAAUCAAGUACAAGUGUUCCUUGUUCUAUUGACUGUUUACAUGGUGUUUGUAUGUCAUAUAUAAAUUUGGUCAAUGGACAGUAUUGCUUGUGCGAUGAUGGCUGGUUAGGACAACACUAUGAUACGUCAUCGAUAUUUGAAUAUUCAAACAAACCAAAAUUGAUCGAUUCCAAAUGUAUUUGUCCAUUGGGAAGAUAUGGUAUUGAUUGUAACGCCCUGUUUGAUCCUUGCCGAGCGAUUGUUUGCCGUCAUGGUGGCACUUGUUUUCCAUUGGAUCCAAGAACAUCACAAAAAUACAUUUGUAUUUAUACCAGAGAUUGUUUGGGUGAUGUUUGUCAAUAUUCGGCAACUAGAUCGAUUAUUCAUAUGACCGAUAUACUCAUUGAUCCGUCCGUGUCUCGCAUUCCACUUGUUGUUGUCCAUUUGGUCGAUCUUCGUGCUAAUACCGCCGGCAAUUGUACAGAUAAAGGUUACUGUCAAAAUGGUGGCCAUUGUGUUGAACCGGUACAAAAACAGCCAAUAGUCGAUUUCGCUUGUGUCUGUCGACCUUGCUUUUAUGGUCAACUAUGCCAGUUUACAACAACAAAAUAUUCCAUAUCGUUAGAGGCACUCAUUGGAUCAGAUAUCUAUCCAGAUAAAUCAUUGAGUGAACAGUCAAUUAUAAUCAAAAUGGUACUCGCUGUUGUCAUUCUAAUGAUUACUAUUGGCCUUGUGUGUAACACACUAUCGAUAAUUACUUUUGCUCAACCGAAAACCCAAGAACUCGGCUGUGAUUUCUACAUGAUGCGCUUGUCGAUCAUAAGUCAGGUGGGUCUGAUUGCUUUUGGUGCAAGAUAUAUCUAUUCGUUGAUUAGUCAAACAUCGGUUAUACAAAAUGUGAAAUUGACAUUGGGUACUUGUAUUGCACUUGAAUUUCUUAUCAGUAGUCUUUCGUCGACAUUCGAUUGGUUAACAGCCUGUAUUGCAAUUGAGCGGGCAUUAACGGCUGUAAAGGAGAUUAAUUUCGAUAAAGCAUUGAGAAGCAUUGAGCAGAAAAGUAGCAAAAUACGUGAUGGUCGUAGUUCUCUUGUUGAAUGUCCUCAGCGCUAUCCAUGA